AAUAUUUCUCUAAUGAUUUCUCUCAAUCUCUCAUAACCUGCUGGUUUUUGUUCUCUGUUCUGUUUGAUAACAAGGUAGGAAUGUGUCAGUAGUGAUCAAAACAGUGAGUGAGUUAUAAAAAGUUUAAAUCUUUAAACUGAAUAAUGAACAUAUUUUAAUCGUGAAAGCCAAGUCCCUUCACGCAUUGGUGCGAAUGUCGGUCAUUUAAUAUGUAGUUUGUGGGUUUUCAAAUUAAAAGAAUCAAUUUAUUGAUUUUUGGCUAUUUAUUUUAUUUUGUGGUCCAAGUGCCAGAGAGGAAAUGCUGGACUCAUCACCAGAAGAUGAGGAUUUUCCAGGGCGUCUGUUACAUCAAGCAGCCCUUUGGGACAACAUAGAAUUAUUAGAAGAUCUAUUGGAAGGUGGACAGCAGUCAUUUAUCAAUUCUCAAGACAGUUGGGGUAGAACUCCACUACAUGCUGCAGCAAUAACAGAAAAUUCUCACUGCCUCCAGAUCCUUCUGAAUGCAGGAGCUGAUGCCAACAUACAAUGUGGUCCUAGGGGAGAGAACAAAACACCUCUUCAUUUGAGUGCUGAGCAUGGUCAUUGCAGCAAUGUGAGUGUACUGCUCCAACAUGAUGCAAACAUGCUCAUCAGAGACUCAAAUGGGAUGACAGCAUCUGAUUUGGCUGACAAAGCCAGACAUACAAGGUGUAUGAUGUUACUAAAGGAGGCAGCUGAUUCUAGAGAAAAAGCAAGACUUGAUAUUCAUGCAGCUCUUCGGGAUGCUGUAUCGUCUGGAAACCACGAUUUGGUACAGCAACUUCUCGGUUCCCUUCCUAAAUAUGCGGAAAUUAUUAUUAACAUGGCCCCAAGUGGGGCCAACACACUACUUUUUACUGCUUGCCAAACUGGAAACAAAAACAUAGUAAAGUUACUGUUAGAUAAUGGGGCUGAUGGCAAAUCUCACCCUGUUACUAAAUAUUCGCCACUUUACAUUGCUUGUUAUCACGGUCACAAAGAAAUAGUGGAAAUGCUUCUUUUGAAAUUCCCAGAAUUAGUACAACAACACACUGUUGAAAGAUGGUUGCCAAUCCACGCCUGUUGUAUAAACGGACACUUAGGGGUGUUAGAGUUACUUUUGAAUUUUCCGUAUCCUCUUCACAUACAGAGGAAAUUUUGCGAUUCGUCAGGGAAUUGGGAGUUUUACAUGCCGUUUGACAUUAACGCAAGGGAUGCCACCGGGCAAAAUAUUCUCUAUUUAGCCAGUCUUCUGGACAACAUCAAACUGCUGCAUUUAAUUUUAAAAUAUCGAGUUAGAGCGACCCGAAUUAAAAAGGACGAAGAUGAAGUGGCUACACCAAGUUCAGAGAGUAGUUCUGUUGCAAGUCCGACAAAAAGAAUUUCGGAUGGCAUCCAGUCGAUCAUGUUUAAACUAAGUAUUACCCGGUGCAAUUCUAAAGAAGAGCAGAACGAUCCCAAUACAUCAUAUCUCUGUCCCUUAAAAAUAGACAUGUAUUGUCACAAUAACACGGAGACAGCACUGCACGCGGCUGUAAAGGGCAAACACUAUGAUAUUGCAAACGCGCUUUUGAAUGCCGGCGCAAAUCCUAAUCUUAUAAUAAGAAGUCUUCAUGAUAUAAGCGAAGUCUUAGAGGACUCCUUUUAUGGAAAUUUGAGUUGCUGCACUAUAGAAGACGAUUCUACCAUUGGUCAGUCCACAGCACUCAUGGAAGCUUGUAGAAACCGCGACAUACCAAUGGUGAAUUUACUCUUGAAAUACGGAGCUAGGGAUGACGACUGUAAAGCCUUGGCGGUGGCUGUUGAAAACAGAGACGAAACACUUACAGCAAAAUUGUUAUCCGUCAAGGCUCAUCCUGAUCCGGAAUUCAAGAUUAACAAGAAAUCCAUGACUGAAAACGUCCAUCCUCCCCAGUUUAGCAUUUUUUCUAGUAUAACAUACAGCUCGAUUUUUCCCAACACUCCCGUCAUGAUUAAUUGGCAUAAUCAGCGAUGUCAUUUAUCCCAAAUUCGGUCCCAAUGGCUCACCGAUGCCGCACUGCACCUGAACCAAAAACUCAAACAAAAUCCUCGAAACUACGACAUUGCACUUUAUGCUAUAACUCGGUUAGACAUUUCGAAAAACAGCCUCAAAGCGAUACCGCCUGUUGUUUUUCAAUUGCAAAGUUUAAGGUAUUUGAAUUUAUCCCAAAACAAAAUUGAAAAGCUGCCAAUAUUAAUGGAAUCUCCAACCAAAAAGGUAUUGAGAAGGAAAAAGUCAGUAAACGAAGCUCUUUAUUAUAAUUGUCCAAUUUUGGAAGAACUGUAUCUGCAGGAUAACAGACUCGAUCAAAUUCCCGAGGGGAUCUUCAAACUACCAUCUUUAGUAACGCUAGCAAUUUCUAAUAACAAAUUGCAGGAACUUCCCUACACUAUGUGGGAAUCCCCGAAAUUGAAAGAACUAAACGCGUCAUUCAAUCUACUUAGAGAUCUUCCAUAUGCCCGCGAUGUUUAUAAAGAAGAAUGUGAUAAGAUGAGUGUUAGCUCUAGCGAUAGUCAACUGUCUAGUCAUAGCGAUCACGAAGAUAACACUACAUUAUUUUGUGGUCUUGAAUCCGUCUGUGAAGAAGGGAUCAAGUACAAGAAGAAAGACAGAUCUUUUGUGCAAUUGGAGUUAAAUAAACACCACAUUUGGAACAAAAACGUCGAAGUAACGGAGCAAAUUUUGCACAACGAUGAGACGGUGUCAGAGGUGUCUUCCCAACUAUCUUCCCUAAACCUUGCUCACAAUCUUUUCACCAACAUUCCGGUAGUUCUUCCUUGUUUGGCGGUGAAUUUAACUCGCCUCAAUGUGUCAUUCAAUUCCUUGAGGUCCAUGUCCCAUGUUACAAGUUAUCCAAGUUCCUUGAAACAGCUCGAUCUCAGUAACAAUAGGAUCACCUGUUGGCCCAGCUUGCCCCAGAUAGAAGCCCAAGACACCAUGGAAUUGGCCAAUUUGGCGUGUUAUGCGAGUGGCGGAUGUUUGAAAGAAAAAAUGCCAAUUGUUUCAGGUAAUAAUCUAACAUGGAAGAAUUUUCGAAAAAAGAUGAUGGGGUUUUUAGGUGGUGGAAAACGGGGAAGGUCUAUUCGAAACGUCGUAUUGCAUUCCGUUUGUACACACAGACGUCAUUUAAGGUUGGAUAAUUUAAGAACGUUGAUCCUUGCUGACAAUCAAUUAACUAGAAUACAACUGGCUACUGACGAUGACGGUGACUCAGGCAAUACUGACGAUGAAGAGUCAGAAAGGGCUCUAAUGAAAGCUAGACUGAUGUUUCCCAACAUUUCUAUGCUAGAUGUUAGCAAUAAUAAUUUAAAAGAAAUUCCAUGUAAUAUUUAUGAAUUACACAAUUUAUCUGUUUUAAAUAUUAGUGGAAAUCUAGACAUCAACGAACUCCCACCACAGAUGGGACUCCUGUCUCGCUUGUGGAAUUUAAAUACGCGCGGCUGUUCUUUACAAGAACCACUAAAGUCGAUGAUCGAAAGUAAAAAAUACAAAACAAUGGACGUGAUUGGUUAUCUUAAGUCGGUUUUGGAAGAUGCCCGACCUUAUGCGCGCAUGAAGCUCAUGAUUGUCGGGGUGCAGGGGAUUGGGAAGACGAGCCUUUUGGAGCAGCUCAGACAGGAGGGAAGUUCAAAACGAAAACCUAUCGAGCAUUGGACUAAAAGAAUGGGAAACAAAAAUGUAAACGUAAAAACAGCUCGUGGUACGAACAUAUCGACCGUGGGGGUCGAUAUUGGUGAUUGGAUUUAUGAGAAAAAAAUUAGAAACCAAUCGACUCACGGGCCCGUUAUAUUUAGGACUUGGGAUUUUGGUGGUCAGAAAGAAUAUUAUGCGACACAUCAGUAUUUCUUAUCAAAACGUAGUCUUUAUCUGGUCGUUUGGAAAAUAACAGACGGUUACAAAGGCAUCAACGAAAUAUCUCAAUGGCUUGUCAAUAUCCAAGCAAGGGCCCCAAACUCUCCCGUCUUAAUAGUGGGCACUCAUUACGACAUAAUUCAGGAAACAAAUCCAAACCUUGCCGAGGAAUAUCAGCAAAUAAUUCGCGAAAAAUUUAUUAACAUCGUGGACGCAGAAAAGUGUGGACUACCUCGCGUCCUCGACACCAUCGAGAUCAGUUGCAGAACUCGUCAUAACAUCAAACUCCUUUGCAACCUUAUUUACGACACGGUGUUCAGUUUGAGACCACCCGGCAGCAAAGAGCUACUGCUGGAACAAAAGGUUCCCGCAAAAUAUUUGGCAUUGGAAGAUGUUAUUAAUCAUAUAGCCAUGGAACGGCGCAUGAACAACUUAGAUCCUGUCCUGACGGCAGAUCAAUACCGGACAAUCGUCAUUACGGAAUUGCAACAACGAUAUAACAGAACUUUUAGGGAUUGGGCGGAAUUACAUCAGGCUACACUGUUUUUACAUGAUAAUGGGGUUCUUUUACAUUACGACGACGCAACUUUAAAAGAUCUUUAUUUCCUGGAUCCCCAGUGGUUGUGUGAUAUGCUAGCUCACGUGGUAACCAUAAGAGAAAUAAAUCCUUUCGCCAGAUCCGGUAUUAUGAAACUAGAAGACCUAAAACAUGUCUUUAAAGCCAGUAACAUAGGCUCUAUUGAGACUAAAGAUUAUAUUGUCAAUUUGUUGAAUAAAUUCGAAGUUGCCCUAACAUGGGACUCGAGAACUUUGUUAAUACCUUCCUUGCUUCCUUCUGAGGAAGAUAUGUUGUUGGCCCAAAGUGGUCACUCGCAUUAUCCAAUGGUUAAAGUUAAAGUACCCCUCAGAUCUAGAGGAUGGGCGAUAAGGAAUAAAAAAAUCACAAUAUCUCCAAAAUCUGUUCUCUACAGCGAUUCGACAGUUAAUAGAAAAUUCAAACUUGACUUACCAUCAGCGAUUGCUUCAGUAAAUGUUGAAAGUACUGAGCCAGGAGCGGCUUUGUAUCAAAUAUCAAGUCGUGGUUCAGGAAAAUCGAUCACAAGAUUGCUAUUAAUGUCUUAUUUUCCUUCUGGCUUUUGGUCAAGACUCAUCACGAGAAUAUUAGCCGAUGAAACAAUAAUUGACAUUAUCCGAUCUUUUUUUAUUCUACCAAAAGAGGUUGCUCAAGAUUACUAUUUGGCGAAACUGUUAGAUUUCAAAGCUGAAUGGAUCUUAUGGCAAACGGGUUUGGAACUGAAAUAUGGGGACAUGACUCUUUUCAAAAUGAGAGAGGUUUUGCAAACUUCUAACUCGAUGUAUCGCCAUGUUAGAUUUAAACUGAAACAAGACGACGUAUGGUGCGACGUCGAUAUGCAGAGUUCUUCGAUUUUGGAAAUCCAUUUUCCCGUACAUUCUUUAGUGGUUAAGCCCUUGUUUGCUGACAAUGUAGACUUAAGCAAGUACAAAGUGACCGAGGAAUUGACGAUAGAAUGUUCGAGCGAGUCUACUUCUCAACUUCUCGCUUUAGCAGUCGACCAUAUCGACAUUCUUCUCGAAGAUUGGUACCCAACACUGGGCACUAGGUUCGUUCACACUUCAGAGGGUAAAUUUUUGGUAACCAGGUUAGUUCCUUGUCCAAAAUGUUUGGAAUCAGCUGAAGAAAUUGAGCUAUCAUCUUCAACUGAUCCGCAUGAUGGUCCACCAAAGCAUUUCUUGGAGGCUUUAAAUCAGGUAGAGGAAGUUUCCUACCGCCUUCACAGGAUUCGAAAAUCCCAGGAAUCUUACACUUCUGAAUGUGAUAGUGGAGUUGGUCCAGAUUCAGCAGGUUCCAGUAGGAUGCCAUCGGUUGAAGGCAAUCCAAACGUUUCUGGUGAUGACACAAACCCUUCGAAUCAACUAUUUUACAGCUGGAUGGUGGAAGAAUGUAUUUUGGCAGCCUAUGGAAGCAGAAGCAUAGUUUGUCCCACCCAUCUCGAAAUCUCAUUGACACAAAUAACACCGGACGUGAUCUUUUUGGAUUUGGGCGAUCGAUAUUUGAUCAAACCGGAAAACAUAAAGAAGGGUCAUUUACUGGGUAGGGGUGCUUUCGGAUUUGUCUUCAAAGGCACUUGUAAAAAUCGGGGAACAAAUACGGUUGUAGAUGUGGCAAUGAAGAUGUUGCAACCUGUCCAUCCUGGUACCAACGCUAGGCAAUCAGCUUUAGUGGCCUACAAAGCAGCCCAGGGAAAAUGGGACAGGGACCCGUUACAGUAUGCUUGCAAAGCGUAUUGUACAGCGAGACAAGAACUAAACAUUUUGGUGUCGUUGCGCCAUCCCAAUAUUGUACCCUUUGUAGGUGUUUGUGGUAGUCCUUUGGCUCUUGUUUUAGACCUGGCUCCCCAGGGAGCAUUGGACUUGGUUUUGAGACAUUAUAGAAGAUCUGGGGCUAAAAUAGGACCCUACACGUUACAGGCGAUAAUUCUACAAGUUGCAAAAGCCAUUGAAUAUUUGCAUCGUCAGCACAUAAUCUAUAGAGAUCUAAAAUCUGAAAACGUGUUAGUUUGGGAGAUGCCGCCACCUUUCGUUGACCAUCCUGAUCGUCCUGUGCAUAUAAAAGUGGCAGAUUAUGGUAUUAGUCGACUAACUCUUCCUUCGGGCACAAAAGGAUUUGGCGGCACUGAAGGUUUUAUGGCUCCAGAAAUAAUGAGGUAUAACGGGGAGGAAGAAUAUACCGAGAAAGUGGAUUGUUUUUCUUUUGGUAUGUUCAUUUAUGAAUUGCUGACCCUCCAUCAACCCUUCGAAGGACACGAAUCGGUUAAAGAGUAUAUUUUGGAGGGAGGAAGACCUCCCCUUACUUACAGGGAGACCAUAUAUCCUAGUUACUGUUUGGAUCUAAUGGUCUUGUGUUGGUCUCAACAUCCAAAAGAUCGACCAUCAGCUAGUCAAAUUGUAUCUGUUGCAAGUGCACCAGAAUUCGUUCAUUUAAGUGACGUUGUCUCUUUGAGACAUUGCGCUUCUGUGGUCGCUUCAACUAGUGCAGUUAUUACCAACAUAACGGAAGACGGCCUGUGCGGUUCCGAAAUUUGGUUGAUGUGCGCCAAUUCGAGGGUGGAUUUAUUGUUGGGAACGAACAGGGGUUGGCUGCAGUAUCAUAGCGUGAACUUUUCGAUACGACCCACAGCAGCGUGUACGGUUGGUAACACUAUUUGGAUAGGCGAUUGUUCUGGUCAUGUCCACGCUUACUCGGGUGCUGACGGGUAUAAAAUCUUCACUUAUGCUCUCGAAAACGAUACCAGCACGUCUGUAAACGCAUUGCUCUUUCUGUCGAAUUUGAAAAGGGUUGCAUGCGCCCUUUCCAACGGUCGCUUGUUUCUAUUGAAUUCGGAAACUAUACCGAGUACCCCGAAUGCCGCCGAGGGCAGUUUCGUGAUGACGGAAUUGGGUUCAAACCACAUCCUUUAUGCCCUGUGUGCCUUAUGUAAAGAUAAUAAAAAAACGUUCGAACUUUGGUGCGGAUUAUCGGAGGGCGAAAUAUCGAUUUAUAAAUUGAAAGAUCACAAAGUGACGGGUCACGAGAUGGUGUCACAUUUCGAGCCGAAAAUUGAAGGCGUUGACGUGGUAAACUUGAUCAGUUCGGGGGAUUAUGUCUGGUCUUAUAUACAACCGGGGUGUAUAGUGUAUCAAUGGGACCACAGCGGACGAACCAUCCUCAACAAAUUAGACUGUUCUAAACUGGUACCUUGUUCGGAAAGCUUGAAAUCCAUCGCUAUUGAAGAAUCUUUAAGCCCAACGAAUUGCCAGGUGACAAGUAUGGCGGUUCUUAAUGAAGAAUUGUAUAUUGGUACAAAAUGGGGGUGUGUUAUAAUAGCUGAAAGGACGUCUUUGCGUCCCAUAACCGUUUUCAGGCCUUUUGAAGAAGAAGUUCAAGCCGUGGUACCUUUGGGGUGCCCUUCCAGGACCGUAGAUGGGUCCAAUGAAGAUGUACCAAUGGUUGCCACUUUUGGACGGGGCUAUCGAAGCCUUUUGACAAGGUAUACCAACGCUUGGAGUAGUGUUGGACCAAGUGUUCUGCAAAGUCCUAUAAAUUAUAAUUCUCCUAAUACGUCUGCCAGUUCCCAAAACAUUUUUGGUCUUCUAUGGAAAGCUGAGCAUUGGGGGGUUUCGUAAUACGAUAAAAAAAAAGGAUGUUGUUAUUACCUAUUGAUUUAUAACAUACUUACAUGCAUAUAAAUAUUUAGAUUGUAAACAAAGAGAUUAGUUUUACGAAGGUUGUGGUCGAUUGUAGCUACCUAGAGAUAUUUUUUAGUGAGGCUGAUUAUGUAAUAAUUGAUUUUUUAUUGAAUCGAUACUGACUGGUUUUUAAUAUAUAUAUUUAUAAACAGUUUCCUCCUUAGG